AGCCCUCCCUCCCUUCCUUCCUGGGUCACAUGCUUGUCGAGCCGGAUCAGCUGACAUCACCCAGCUUCUCUUUUUGAUUCUCUUCUUCCUCCAUCGACUGAUAGCGCUUCGUAAAACUGCAUUAUAUCGCUACCUGGGCUGUACUGGCAUCAGAUUUGAAAUUUGGGCCAAGUAUAUCUUGCUAAUCCAGCAGGUUAACCCGGUGGGUAGAUGCUACUAGAGUGGAUGAUGAACGGACACGCCAUUCUUUACACGGGGGUCACUUUGGCCUUCUGGAGCACCAUACUAAUCGUUGGGAUCUGCUACACUAUAUUUGACCUGGGAUUCCGCUUUGAUGUGGCAUGGUUCCUGACAGAGACUUCUCCUUUCAUGUGGGCCAAUCUGGGCAUUGGUUUGGCCAUCUCGUUGUCUGUGGUGGGAGCUGCCUGGGGGAUCUACGUCACUGGCUCUAGCAUUAUUGGUGGUGGUGUCAAGGCUCCACGAAUCAAAACCAAAAAUUUGGUCAGCAUUAUCUUCUGUGAAGCUGUUGCAAUCUAUGGAAUCAUCAUGGCUAUUGUCAUCAGCAAUAUGGCCGAGAACUUCAGUGGAACGACUCCUGAGACUAUUGGGGCACGAAACUACCAAGCUGGUUACUCCAUGUUUGGAGCUGGUCUGACUGUGGGCUUUUCCAACCUCUUCUGUGGCAUCUGUGUUGGCAUCGUGGGCAGCGGAGCCGCUUUGGCAGAUGCCCAGAACGCCAGCCUCUUCGUGAAGAUCCUCAUUGUGGAAAUCUUUGGAAGCGCCAUCGGCCUGUUUGGUGUCAUUGUAGCUAUUCUGCAGACGUCGAAAGUAAAGAUGGGUGACUAGAAGGUGCAUUCAAACGCUGAGAAGACAGAGACACUGCUGAAACAAAACAAAAAAAGAUGGAUUAUUGUGUAAAUACAUCGUAAAUUAUUUAAAUGUCUCUAUUUGCCUGGUAUUUUUUUUUUUUUUAACUACCAUUCAUACAAGAGUUAGUGCUGCUCUUAAUUCUUAACGGAAGAAUGAAAGUUAAAGAAAACAGCAUAUUUUGCAUUUUAUACCUUUUUUUUUUUCUUUUCUUUUUUUUUUCCUGUAAAUCAAUAUACAACAUAAAUGAGUGAACUCUGAUGAUUUAGCCUGAUGAACAGUAGAAGUAAACGGGGCAGUCUGAAGAGCGGCUGCAUGGACAGAUUGACUCUGCAGGAGAGGUUUACAUCGAUAACUCUGUUUAAUUUGCAUCAUUUUUAUCUGACCGCUCUCGUUGAAUGGUAGCUAAAAAUUAGACUGGAGUAUUUGAAAAUAUUUGUGUGUGUGUUUUUGUGUGUGUGUGUGUGUGUGUGCGCGUGCAGGACAUGUGAUCUUUUUUUCCUGUGAAGCAUGAGGAUGUUUGUCAUUGUGUUUGUAGCCUGGUCUGUCAGAUCUGUUUCUUUUUGUUUUUAAUCUGUUCUUUGCUGAUAGGCUGAUGGUCCUAACGCACACAGCAGCCAUAAUACUGUAUUUAUCAGGCUUCCUAUUGUGAAAGUAAUGGGAAAUAUGUGAAGUCUAAAAAUUGAUUACUUAACUGAAAUAAUCACUAAGGUUAGGUUGGCUCAGUGGGAGGUCAAAUAUGGUAAAAUCACAUACAGAUUUCCUGCAGUCUUUAAAAAUGUCUUUAAAAAAAGAGUCUUGCAGUCGAUCCUUUCCUGUAGUUAGGAUGUAGGAUAUAGUGUUUGCUUGAAGUAAAACAAAAGAAGUCUUUUAAGAGACCAUUUGUUUAAAAUGUUGUGCACUAACAAGGAAACGCACACACAACCCCCCCCAAUAAUACGCUUCCAUAAAAAUAAAAAAAUCCAAUUGAUAUCCUGGGUUUUUUAUUUUAUGGUAUUACUGUCAUUUAGUAAGGGUCCCAAACUCUGACUCUGUUGUAUUUGUUGCUUCAUGAUAAUAAAACAUCCAAAUUUUACACCCAAAUUUUCGUCCACAUAGCUUCAUAUGACCUUUUCAUUGAAACUUUUCUUUUGAAUGUUAGUUUUGUCUUGUGUGAAAAUGUCAACUCUUCUCAUUUAUGUUCAACAUUCCUUAAAGUUUCAAUCAUUUAUUUUUUAAAUCUCAGUUGUCUGUGGGUAGAUGUUGAAAAGCAGCCUUUUGGAUGGUGUAACUGAUUAUUUUCUAAGCUACCAGUAAAAUAAAAGUGAGUUUAGCCUAAAAUGAGAAAAUGCUGUAAUGGUGGUGUGUGUGUAAACAUAGCAUAGAAACGUCUUAUGUUUUUGAUCAUCAUUCCACAGAGCUGACAGACCAUGGGUUUUUUGUGAAUUGUGUCCUGUUUUUGGUUUUUGUUUCUUUUGUUUCUUGAAAUUUUCCCUCCACAUACUCAAGAGUUUAAACACUGAAGUAAGUCUGGCCUCACAAAGGUGUCGGAGCAGUGAGAUGGUGUUUGUGCUCAUAAAUGAUAAUAAUCAGAUGUGACUCCAAGAUGCCUUUGGAGAACCAGGCUGUGUACCAAAUCCCGGGCUUUCAGUGACUGUAGAUGGUACUGUGUGUACAUUAUGUUGAUGUGAUGGUGACUUGGAAAAUAACUCAGUUUUCAAAAUUGUGUAUAAUAAAAACAGAAUCUGAUUUUUGUUUCUGCCUUCAUAAAUGUCCUUGAGGAAAAUAAAAUGAUUCAAUCGAGA